GUGUGAACCAUGAUUUUCCAUCACACAAAUUUCAUAAGUCUACAAUGAAGAUUUGUAAUGCAGUUCGAAAUUGGGAAUUAAGAAAAAAGAAAAAUAGAUAAUAACUGAAGGCACGUAUCUUAAUUAAUUAGGGGUGGAAGAAACGUUUAUUAUUAGACACGUGUCUAAAUGGCGAUCUCACUCUUGUCUUCUCCGUCCUGCUUCAAUCUUCCACUAACGCCAUUGUUAAUCCUUCCAAAGUCAAGCAGGUUUCAUCGAAAUCCAGGGCGUUUGUUUAUGAAGGGUUUCUCACGGAAUUGGGAUGUGAUCAUAUGGUUUCGCUUGCUGGUGAGGAUUUAUGAGUCUGUGGAGGUGGAUGAGGAGGAGAAUGUUAAGGAGGUGGAGGUUGUGGGAAUACUGCAGAAGGCGUUGGAGAAUACGGUGGAUUUGUCUGGGAGGAAGCUGAGGUUGCUUCCUGAAGCGUUUGGGAGGAUACAAGGGUUGCUUGUUGAUCUCUCCAACAAUCACCUCCAGGGUGCUUUGGUACAACCUUCUCUGGUAGUUGCAUAUUUUGGAGGACCGAAGUCUCGUGCUACGCACUGGAAACAAACAGUCAUGUACCUUGAAGAUAGGUUAACAAUAUGUGAAGGUGAGACAAUCACUGGAAGCAUGCAUGUCGGUUUCUUAUAACAAGAAGAAUCCUCGAGACGUUGACAUAAAGCUAAGCUAUUCUUUGGAUGGUCAGCACUCCAAGGUUUCAAGAACUCAACACUACAAAGCGUUGAAGUUCCCUCAAAAAGAAGCAGAACUUCAAACUUGCAGCUGUAACUGAGAAGAUACAGUUUCUCUAAUUGUGAUAUUAGUUUUUGUAUUUCUUUUUUCUUCAAGUUUUGCAACAUUCCCUUUGCUUCACAGUCCACACUGCUACAUUGGUCUUUAUGCUUCAGAGUUUCAAAUAUAAUUAUUUUCCCCUAAA